AUGGGCCACUGUCCUGACAAUGUCCAGCAAGAUUUUGAUGACUUCUUUAUUUUCCUGUUUUUAUCUCGUACACUUUUUCGGAGUGAGUGCCUAUUUUUUCUUUUUUCGACAAAUCUUUCAUUUGCCGAAAAUGUUUUUUUUUCAGGGGGUGUCACACCCCUCAGUCUCGACGGCCCUGCUCGCUCCCUGCAGCAGCAAUAAUCGUUGCAUGUCACAUUUUCCCCCACUAUAAUAAAAUAACUGGACUCCCCCCUUUUAAUCCAAUAUUUUUAGGUGACCUCCUCCCGUUUUCAGUGAAUAAUAACUCAUGACGCACCCCCUUUUUUGCCAGUUAGUAAAGAUUAAUGUUAAGUGCAUGGUUAGUAUAGUUAAGGUUAAUAUUACAUAACUAAAAUAACUCAAGAGGUGUAGAUCUAAUAUUAACAUUAAAAGGACAGGGUUAAGUUGAGAAAUUAAUAGGCUUUCAUAAGAAGAUCUCGCUCAGAAGUGCCUGAUGAUAAGAUUUUGAAAUCAGAAACGGAGUCUGGAGAACAUCUAGUCUCCGCUUCUGAUUUCAAAAUCCUAUCAAAAUCCUAAAAGUUUAAACUAUAGCCCUUAAUCGAGUAUUCAAUAUUUAACUGACUAUAUACCGUAAGUUUCAAAAUAUCUUGAAGCUAUCGAUUUUUUUCAGUCUGCAGUUUCCAGUCUAGGUUGCUUGCGCCUAGACCUACGGCCUUCUAUUUAUAUUUCAGCGCUUUUUCACGUGAGAAGACUGGAACUUAGGUAGGGCAUCCCACUUUGAUGUCAUUGCAAAUGAAGUGGUGCCUGCCGAGUAAACGCUCUAGGUCUAGUUUUAGAUGGAAGAUUUAGAGAGGUUCUACUGUAAUAUACUUCAAAUUGUCCACGUUUACUUGUAGUUUGUAAUAAGGAGCUUGGGCUUACAGAUGCAACGAAAAUUACCGAUGCACAGCUCUCAGCGUCUUCUCAAAAGGGAAUUCAUUACUCAGCGAAAAAAGGAAGACUGAACGGAGAGUAAGUUACUGUAAAUAUUAAUGUGCUUUCGAUGCGGUCAAAUGUAUAUAAUUGUGCUGUCGAUUUCAAAACUAAAAAAGUUACUACGUAUAAUUAACAGCAACUCAUGAAAAGUUUUGCUUUUUAUGUGUAGGGGUUGGUGUGCUGAUGAAUAUAAAAAGACGCCGCAGUGGUUUCAAGUGGAUUUCAAUGAUACAUUCACAAUUACAUCUGUUAGUACAACUGGUAGUAAGAAUGACCCGCAGAUCCAUGUUAAAACAUUCGCACUGAAGUACAGUUAUGAUAAUGUGAUAUGGCACAAUUAUACAUGUCCAGGGAAGGAAGUGGUAAGUAUACAGUAUGCAUCGAAGUCACCAUACGAGACGAUACCUGAUCAAACCAGCCGCAAGUCAUCGCAAGUUUUAACUUCUGAAACAUGAAAAAGCGGAUGUGUGUGUGUGUUAAAUAUAAGAUGAAACACAAAGCUUUGGAUUAAUAAGGAUACAACUACAGGUACCUGAAAAAUACUGUACAAGGAGUACUGAACAAGCAGUGCGAACACAUCCUUUGUAUCGUAAUCGUAGCUCAUUUAACUAGAUGGAAUUAAGAUGAGACCGAUGUAAUUAAAUUCAAAUACAUAACUUGUGCGAAGCAAAAUAGUGGGUGUAAAAAUACAAUAUUUUUACAAUUUUUUACGAUAAAUGACCGGCAUUAUCAUAUUAAAUCUUCACUAAAACAUUUGUUGGCACUUUUUUGUUUGAUUUUAAUUAUUUUGAACAAGGUAUAUAUUUGUUUUGUAUUUAAAAUUGAUCUAUUUUCAGUAUUUUGGUGUCAUAAUUAUAUAAAACAAAUAAUGAAUGUUUUCACAAUAGUAAAAAUAUUUUCAUUUGAUUAAAGAUGGAAUUUUUCUUUCCACGAGGCGAGAGCUGAGAUGGAAAAUUCCAUCUUUCUGCACCUAAUGAAAAUAUUUUUACAAUUUCACUCAUAAACAUUCAUAUUUGUUGACGAAGGGCGUUCGCUCGAAAUGUCGAAGUUCUCCUUGUAUUUUUCAGGUAGUUGUAUCCCUAUCAAUCCGAAACUUUCUUAUUCUUUCUUAUUGUAUGUACCUACACUGGCACAGACCGUUCAAGAUCAUACUCCGAAUAUUAACAUCUUGUUAACUCAAAUAGAUUUGAGCGACUAUUUGCUGUUAGUAUAAUUACAUAGGUGAUUAUUGAAAAUUCUCCACGCUGAUUGGUUGCCGUUGAGGUGAUGAUUUUAAAUUUUUUUUCCAAAUAAUCACCUAUGAAAUUAUACUAAACAAUUAUUCACCUCAGGCUCGGUGCUUAUCGUUAAUAAAAACUUCGACUUCGUCUCGGUUUUUAUUCACCGAUAAUCACCUCGCCUUCGGCGAAUAAUUGUUAAUUAAUGCGAGUAUAAUAUCGCGCCAACAAUUUCACGGAAAACACUUUACCAUUUUUAGAUUCUGAAGCGUGAUCAGAAACGUCUUCCAUGUCCAAUAACAGUAAGGUUGAUAAGAAUAUAUCCACGUACGUGGAACUUUGCCCUGUGUAUGAGAGUCGAGUUUUAUGGAUGCACUCCACAAGAAGGUACUGUAGUGCUAAAAUAUACCGUGCAUUUAUGCUGUUAUGCUAAGCUACAGCACUCUACUUUAUUUAUACUAGGUUGCUCUAUUACUUCUAAGGCCAAGAAAAACAAAUAGUUUCAGGUUUCAAAUUAGUACAGUAGAACCUGCAUGUGGAACUUGUCAAAGACGAUUUUAUAUUUGGGGUUUUCGCGCGCUCUAGUUUCAUUGCUAGGUCGGAAAAAAUUUAGUUUAUAAAUAAUCUUUAAUAAAAUGGGAAAUCUUUGCAAUUAUGUCAAUAAAAGGACCAUUACAUCUAAUUAUUUAUCCAGUACUCGAGGUCGAGUCAAAAUACAAGUACUAUUCUCACGUAACUGAGGCGUAUAAUUACAAUGCAAAAACAGCAUAUUGCCAUUGGAGGAGUGCAACCCGGUUGCGAAAGUGAAUGGCACAUGCACAAACCAAGAAAUUAAACAACCUGUUUAUUUGCGUUUCACGCCUUGCAAAAGGCAGAUAUAUUGUUGGUUUUAGAUUCAGCAAUGAAGCUUGCACUAACUGUAUACUGUAUAUAUCAUGUAAUGUUUAAUCGUUUUUGGAAUCCCUGUUGGAGUAUUGGACGCCUAAUUGUUGCGUAAUUUAGUGGCACCCUCCAAUCUUUUUCUUGAUUGUACAUUUCAAUCGUUUGUAAUGUUUGUCUCCAUUGGCAUUUACAGCAUAACAUUAGUUGUAUCCUCAUCCACUGCAUUAGUUGUAUCCUCAUCCACAACACGCCAUUUUUAUGGAGCAUGCACUUUUCUAUACUGUAAUAUCACCAUAAAGUAGAUAUUCUCUCUAUACGGGGUGUAUAAAAAAACUGAACAGAUAUGAAUUUGCUCUAAAUGUCGCAAAACAGCCAUUAGUAUCCAAUUUUUGAUGUAUAUAGUAUCUUUGGGUACUUACCUGUAUAAUGUAGAAUAAUGAAAAAAAAUUCUCGAACUCAAAUUCUGUGAACCAGUGGUGUGUGUCUUUUCCAACAAAUUAAAAAUGGCUUGCGCACGAAAUUUAAAAGCUUUAAUCAUAUUUUGAGUUAAUAGAUGGAAAAUUUGUUGGGUUUUUAAUUACUGUACAAAAUUUCAGACAAUUUGCUUUAGUUUAAGUCCUUUAACUAUAAAAUCAGCCUUUCGCAUGCUUAAUUAAUGCCUUUACCUAAUUUGCAUAUUGCUGACAUUAGCAAAUUAAUUAGGCAAAGGCAUUAAUUAGCAUGCAAAUAGCUGAAUUUUUAGGAAAAAAUGUAAGUUUGCGUGAAUAGUUAAAGGGCUUAAACUAAAGCAAAUUGUCUGAAAUUUUGUACAGUAAUUAAACACUCAACAAUGUUUCCAUCUAUUAACUCAAAAUAUGACUAAAGCUUUUAAAUUUCGUGCGCAAAAUUUUUUCAUUAUUCUACAUUAUAAGUACCCAAAGAAGCUAUAUAUAUCAAAAACUGGAUACUAAUAGCUGUUUUGUGAAAUUGAGAGCAAUUUCAAAUCUGUUUAGUUUUUUUAUACACCCUGUAUCGAGUAGUACUGCUUACAUGUAAGUAUCUUAGAUAUAGAUUGAUCAAAAAUUUGCUUACCAUGAAGGAAUGUGGAGUUCAUUAUUCCCUGUAAUAAGUAGUGAUCCGGCCUUUGAAAUCGUCCUCCAGAUUUCAUGCAUUGGCUCACUUUAAACUGCUAUAGAUCUUUAUCACUCUUUUUGAGGCAUGGAUAUAAAGUUUGAUGUUAGCUCUCUAUAAAUACCAGAAAUGGAAAGAGCAGGUCAUAGUAAGUUCGAUAAGUUUGGAGACUUGUAGUUUGAAAAGUGUUAAAAGCAAUAUGAACUUCGAAAUUUUAUUAAAAUGUAUAUGGGGAUUUGCAUAGUAUAUAACCUCCAAAAGUAUAACCUCCAAAUUUUCUUAAAGCGUGAUACAAGUCUAUAAUGGUCUGUUUGUAUCAUACACAAUUUUGCACUCAUCGUAUGUUAAGACGUACGUGACUGUAGUUAUUCUUUGCAUGUUUAGAUUGUACAACGCCAGUGGGGAUGGAAGACGGAAGAAUAAAAAAGGACCAAAUCAAUGCUUCGUCGUUCCGCAGCGGACAUAAUCCUUUCAAUGGCCGCUUACAUAAUAGAACAAACAGAGGAACGAGAACCUGGGGUGCUUGGUGUUCAGAUCAAAGUGAUCCGAACACCAAGCACAG